AUGUCGCAACUUAUCACCCGGCUCCGCAACUGGGGGCGCUCGCGGCGCGAAUUUCGUCGGAAUUUUCGUGAAGAAUUGGACCGCGAGUCGAAUGCGGAGUGCAAACAUCCGUGGUUUCAAUCAUGCCUACGGGCUCAGGUCGAAUCAAACUACGUCUGCCUGCCCCGACCCCACGACGCAAACGACCUGAAAAUUGGCAGCAUCAUCGAAAACCUCGACAACAUGAGGGUUCUCAACACGGACGCGGGCGAAGAAUACACGUUCAAGCAGCAACCGGAAAUCAUACCAAAAGACAAUCUCAGGGUAUCCUUUGCAAAAUUUGAAAUGGAACUGUUUAUGCAUGUGCGCGAGAUGCAAUACGACGUCGAACGCCUCGAAUGGACCCAGACCCCCAGCCCACCCAAGAAGAAGGAACACCGUGCCGCCGUCGAGAGCUCUCACCGCGUCAAGGACUGGCUCCAGUCAGAGCCCACCGGCCGCUCCGCGCUCGUCAUCACAGGCCUGAUGGUGGUGAUGGGGGCCGAGGCGAGCUCCGAUCCCAACGCGGUGGCUGGGCCGACCAGCACGCUAAGGUCGUUCGUGGAUGGCAGGCUGCUGACUCAAUCGAACAUAGGCGGCAAGGUUAUUGGUCUGAGGGUGACCAAGAUUCGGUACAAGCCAAAGCUCUUCAGUGGCGACCUCAAGCUUUGUGUUGAGCGUAUGGACAUGAACGUGAAUAGGGAAUGGCGCAUUCAUGAUUACCCAGGCUUGUAUUACCAUAGUCCUGAGUACAAGGACCGUUUUGUUUACGAGCUCCGUUGUCUUUUGUUGGCCAUGAGUCUCUGA